AUGCGACCACGGACUGUCCUGCCCGUUCUGACACUUUUGUCGGACAUGAUGACGUUCAGUUCGGCUGAGACUAAGAAAAGCGCCGAUCCUGUUUGCUACGUUCACCGCCUGCCUCAGGGUGUCGCCUCCAAGUGUAUCGGCAAGGACAUAUUACUGCGACACGGGGAAAUUUGGUGCAAGAGCGAAUACGACAAGCUGACAGGCGACUGGGAAGAGUUCAAAGAUCCACGGGACGCGCGCAUCGCAAAUAUUGGGAAAAUAUUCGUUUUCAAUAGCACGAAAGAAUGCACCCAAGUAUAUGAGAAUAUUGUCAAAUUCUGCCACGGCACCGGGGCGUCAGUAUCCGCGAGCAUGGAACAGUUUCGCCAGGCCAUACUAGACAUGGUGGAGGCCGGCGAUAGCCUUGAGAUUGAGUCUCUAGCCAAUCGCUUGCGCCCCUUUCGAGUCGAAACCGCCAACAAUACCGCGGCAUGCAGGUUAAAGCUCGUCCUAGAAGAUGGGCUAGCAGCAGGGAACUUGGAGGCAAUGGCCGAUCCCGCAUUAUCCACCCCGCCAACGACAGUGUACAUGGGCGACGUCUCUGAUAAUUCAACCGACGAGAAUGCGCUGAGUUUUCAGAUGGACGACACGUGGUCCGAGUGGCUUAUCACGCCGUCGUCAACUUCAAGUCCCUCAGCUGACGACUACCUAUUUAUGCCAAAUGAAAUGGCGGGCUCUGGGAGUGGUGAGGGUGAUGCUGCCAUGUGCAGUGGUGAUGUGAAUACUGUCAUGUGGAGUGAUAAUGUUACUCCGGACAUGACUACUACCAUGGACAACUUUGGGCUUCACAGCAACAGUCUCGCAACGUUGGGAAUUGAUCUGUGUGAUAAUACCUUUGAUGCAAGCCCGCUCUCCUCUGUAGCCAGGUCAACGCUGCCUAUCCAGGACUCACUGUCCAUCCCGGACCUGAGUGCUGGGAGAUGUGCAUUCUCUUCCCGGACACUCUCAGUCCCCCGGCGCGUUCCGUUGGGCAGCAGCUCGGCCGAGAGCCCUGUGCAUCUCACCGAGCUGCAGCGAUACAUCAGGAGCGACUGCUCCAGCUACAUACGCGAGAAUGCGGAGCGCUGGUCGCGGGACGGGCUCUGGCACCACUCCGAGUUCCCCAACCCCGAGAACGCGGAGCCGGGCUGCCAUGGUCUGCGCACCGUGUACCACUGCAUCUGCAAGCUCGACGUGCGCAUGGAAGACGACGCCAUUCGGAACAGGAUCGCCAUCAUCGUCCUGCACGAGCGCUACGAGCGCAACAUCCAGACGGCCGCCGCCGCCUACCAGGCCACCGGACAGACCAGCCGCGGUCGGGGCUACGCGUCCAUCCUGGUCGACAACAUCCUCGCCCAGAUCCACGGCCAUGAAUGGGCCGCCGCCAGUCUGUGGCGCAAGAAGGAGCUGCGCGCAAAGUUUCACGAUCGCAAGCGCUACGGCAAGCGGUGGUCGAUCCUUGCCCGGUCGGCAGGACAAGGCAUCUUGUUUCUCUGCGCACCACAGCUUGUUGCCAUGGUGUAA